CUCGCAUGUUUUGGUCCGACGUUGUGUAUUAGAUGGGCAGUUAAAAUGCAUAAUUCGUUGCUGUACACAGCUUCUGUGUUGUUCAUCUUAUCAGUAAUCCAGCCUAGCGUUUCAGAUGACCCUUUUUGCGGUCUGCCCUUGCCCAAAACGUACGUGGUGUACAAACUGCGUGAGUGGGAGGGGGGCGUCAGUGUGGACGGUAGGAUAGACGAACAGGCGUGGUUAGACGUGCCCAGGACAGACAGGUUUGUAGACAUUCAAGGAGAGGAUUAUCCCAGACCGCGCUAUGAAACAUACGCCAAGCUGAGAUGGGACGACACGUAUCUGUACGUGGCGGGAUAUCUGCAGGAGUCAGACGUAUUCGCCAACCAGACCAAGCACGACUCAGUAGUAUUCGAGGACAAUGACUUUGAGGUGUUCACAGAUCCUGAUGGGAAUACUCACCAUUACAAAGAGUUUGAAAUCAAUGCAAUCAACACCACAUGGGACCUGGAGCUAAGUAAGCCCUACCUGAAUGGAGGGAAUGCCAACAGUAGCUGGGAGAUGCCAACAAUGAAGUCAGCAACAUACAUAGAGGGACCUGUCAACAACCCACUAGUGCCAAAUAAGUACUGGACAGUGGAGUUGGCACUUCCAUUUAAGGACAUGGUUCAUGACUGCACCGUGGCAACAGCCCCGCCCAAACAUGGCGACCAAUGGAGGAUCAACUUCAGCAGGGUUGAGUGGCAUGUAAAAAAUGUUAACGGCCAUUACGAAAAGGUCCCUGGUUUACCUGAAGACAACUGGGUGUGGUCUCCACAGCACUCCAUUAACAUGCACCUGCCUGAAAGAUGGGGUAUUAUACAGUUUAGCACAGACCCAGUCGACUCCACAGAGUUCAAGCCCAGUCCAAACUGGCCAGUCUACUCCAACCUGGUAGAGCUGUACAAUGCUGAAAAGAAAUUCUUUGCGAUCAACGGCUACUUCACAGCCAACCUGACCCAGCUUGAGCUGCCAGACUAUGUGAGGAAAGGAAAGUGUGCGAGCAUUCCUCAUGUUAAUGUCAUCAAACUGUACAACUUCAACGCCACAGUAAAACCAUUCAACUCCUCACUUCCUAAGGGGAACAUCAGGGAUGAUAGGCUCAUCUGGUUUACUUGAUGAAGAAAUAUAUUUUUUCCUAGAACAGUUUAUUGUUGAUAUAAGGGUAUACAGUAUUUUUAGAAGAGAUUGUUAUUUUGUGAAUUGGGAAUGUUUGGACUUACUCUCCUUCGUAAUUCAAGUCUAAAAUUAAAUAUGAGAUCAUUGAGUAUUGUGAUGUGUGUGGGUUCACAAUGAAAUACUAGUAAAUGUUAUAUGUCCUUUCUUUAAAAAAAGGGAAUAUAUAAGCUGAAAGCUUUGAGACUACAUUAAAGGGAAAUGAUAAAAACUUACAGGAGCUGAAUAUGUGAGGUGCAUUUGCCCUUUUGGUUGUCCAUGCCUGGUAUAGAAUGGAUUGUUUGAUGCAGAAGUAAACACAACUGUGCAAUAUAAAAAUUA